AUGACAAUGACACUUGUCAUUUUGCGUGCGGGAAUAAUGGUUCGCAUUGACAUGACCCAAAUGGAAACUACCAAACACAAUACUUGCCCUUGCACAUCGGUAGAAAUCUUUCAUAUAUUCGUACAAAGACGACAAAUUAUAUUGGUAGGCGUCUCGACUCACGUUCUACAGUUAUGCCUUGGUAAACCUAACUUAAUUACACUCACAAUUGCAGUGAAGCCACCUACCUUACUCGGGGAUUCCACUCCUGAAAGUGCCAUUAUCUCUGUCCUUUGA